CUCCAUCCCCAGUUGCCGCAGAGCUGACGACGAGGCCUGAACCUCGGUGGCGGUGCCGCUCUUUCUUCGUCUCUCCUUCUUUCUUUCUCGUCCUUUCCCCUCGCUGUCACCUCGUGGGAGGCGGGUAGAUAGAGAGAGAGAGUCGAGUGCGGCUGAGGAGACGGGCGGGUAGAGAGAGUGAGAGAUCUUCACCGUCGUCGUGAGGCGAGGCCCCGCAGAUAUUUACCUCGUAAAAGUAUAAAUCUUUUGCGUAAAGCACCACUGUCCGCACAUUAUAACUACUGCGCCUAUGUAAUUUUCAUUGUGUAUUGUUGAUAAAUACUUCCUACGAUCCUGCACGCGUUCUGUCCGUAAUGCGUGACGCUGGGCCGACUCGUGUUUGCAUGCGGCGAGGGGUUCUGCUUUCCCUGUAAAACUUAAACAAUGUGAUACAUUAAAUAAACGAGUUAAUGAUAGUUGUUAAUACGUGUUAAAACGUUGCCAAAGAAAUGAAACUUGCGGAAUACAAAGAGAUAGUUGCGUUCGUUGAGCCACUGCGACCGGUACGGCGAUGUAUCCAAGCGUUAAUAGAGAAAUUCCCAAGCCAUGCCCAGGCCACGCUAUUGAGCAUCUUCUCCCUGGAGUAUCAGAAGCGUAUGAAGAAAUCCUAUGCACGACACCAUAUGCCGGAGGUCAUGGAGUAUUACUAUCAAAGGUAUAAGAGUGGAGUCGAAAAGCAGCCAUUGGCUGCUGUAAUUGUGGAUCUGGCAAAUGAGGUUGAUUUCUCCCCAGCCUUGAUGGCCCGGAUUAUUUUGGAAGUGUUUAUUAUCUCCACCAAAGGAGAAGCAGCCAGCAAGCCAACCCUGAAUGCAAUGCUGAAAGAUCCAUCACAGAUCACGGACCCUGUGUUGUCUGCUCAAGUGUACCAGUGUACAUUGAAUGAUUGCUGUUAUGGACCACUGGUGGACAGCAUUAAGCACUCGGUUGGCUAUGAGCACGAGAUCCUGCUCCGAGAAAAACUCGGGGAGCGCAGACUUGCAUUUCAGGAUGAGGACGAUUUGCGUACCAAAGGUUAUGACAAAACUCCAGACAUCAUUUUGGAGGUUCCAAUCUCUGUUGAUGGGCAAGUGAUCCACUGGAUUGAGAGCAAGGCCUCCUUUGGAGAUGAGACGAGCCACCAGACCUAUCUCCAGGACCAAUUUUGGAGCUACUGGAACAGGUUUGGCCCGGGGCUCGUGAUCUACUGGUACGGCUUCAUUGCAGAGCUCGACUGCCAUCGUGACAGAGGCAUCUUGCUGAAGGACCGUUUCCCCGAUGACAUUGUUACGCUCGAGCCUGCAGCCGUAUCAAGUUCACAGUAGAGCGCUGCCCUCCGUUGUGCUUCAGGGCAGUUACCUCUUGCCGUUCUUCACCUUCAACCACCUUUUUUCUCCCUUUCAAAUGAUGAAUGAAUGCCCAGCUUGCCCAAUCAUUGUCCUCAACUAUGCUUUAGCCGUCUCCUGACUAUAACAUUGGUUGUGAAAUGUAUUAGCCAAUGUGUCCUGGGGAAGUCUGUUUUCUGAGCAAUUAUUUAUACAUGGCAGUGCAGUAAUAAAUCUUACAUGUUCCAUUUUGUGGUGCAACAAACUUGCAAUGCAUUCUUCAAAAUGCAUAAUUUAAGCUGUUCUUUCCAAUAAUUGUUCUCUUUUAUGUUUUUUUGUAAACCAAAACAAAUAGAAAAUUUUAUAGCAUAUUUUUUUAAAAGAAAAUCAACCAAUUUCUGAUUUUAGGUCACUAAAGCAUUUUAAUAUCGUAAAAAAAAUUGGAGGAAAAAAUAUACAAAUGGAUUUAAAUGAUUCGUUGAAGAAUAACUCUCAACAUCAUCAAACUGGAGUAGCUCUUGGCUCGGGGGUUUGGCUGAUGGUGCUUUGAGGAAAAGACACAUCUGCAUUUGUACAGGAAAUAGAACUCUCGUGUUCAGGGUGGUGGGGAACUGGCGAGGGGAGAGGGGUAGGUGAUGACAGAAUGUAAAUGGAGAAUAAAUAUCAGCAGUGCUGAGGCCUCCAAACCUGCUCCUGCUCACCAGAAACACUCUAAGGAGUUUGUUAGAUUGAAAGCUGCAAAUUGGAGCUUCCUUAGAGUUUUCCCGUUUCGUCAGAUGGACAAAAGCUGUAAGAAAGGAAAGUAAAUUUACUGCGUAAUAACAAUAGGCAGUUAUGGACAUUGUGUAAAUGGAAUAAAAAAAAAAAUUCUGUAAACUUAAUAACCGUCUGAUGUGCAACUGUAUGUCUUUUUAGAGAACCAUUGAGCAGUUUGGCCGAUAGCGAAUUGGCGGCAAAAGUGGAGAUGGAGAAUGUGUGGGAGAAUCGGUCAUUUGGGCCAGGGCUAAUUUCUGAACAGCUGGAUAAAACACGUCUGUCUCAGCUAAUCAGGCUCCGAGAGAGGAGGGGAGCUGCUGAAGGCGGCUUGGCACGCUGUGUGCCCCAGCCCAAGCCAAAGACGCCAGAUCAAAGGCAGAAGGCACAUAUACAGUAACUGUGAGCCGUGAGCAUUGGUGAAAUACAAUACCCUGGACGUAAGGAAUUUCAGGUGAAGAUUAUAAUCUUCUUUGCUUCCCUUUGGCUUCCAAGCUCAGGUCUUGCAGUAAGCCGCGCGCGCAGGUGGACGAUUGUGAUAAGUAAGAACGUCUUUCAGUGCGUGCACACAGUGGCCAUUGUGCGGCACAAGGAGGGCCUACCGACUGGUUAAUGUAUCCCUUUGACGUUUAUCAUUCGUGUGUGGGGGAUUUGUUUUCAAAUUAGAAAGUGCAAUUACAACAGUUCAACAAAGUUAAUAAGUGAUGCUCAAUUUACUAGAGAGUACGUCCCGUGCAUUGCAAGUUGGCAAACCAAUAACAGCUAAUGUUGACGUUUUAUUCCUCUAGCGUUAAUGUACGAGAUUUAAUUUAUAAAAAAAAACAUGGGUUAACAUUUAUUCUGUGAUUUUUUUUUAUAUAUUUGUUUGAAAAUGUGAACAUUUAAUUCCAGUGUGGAGAAAACACGGCCGACGAGUCGUUACCGAUAUCUUCCAGCAGAGGGUAGCGCUGAGCCUCCGUCUCUCCACUCAUCUCAACUCAGCUGAUCACUUUAUAACCAAACGUGUAUAUUCCAAACGCAAGUUGAGCUGCGUACUCAAUGAGCGGAGAGCGGAGCGCUGCGACGUACCCGACCAAAUAUGUAACGCCGUUGGUGCGAGGCCAGUGUUUGCGAGUCGUGUGGGCUGAAAUGGCGUAUGUGUCUUGUCGAGUCGGCCUUCGCUCGAAACGGUGCGCUAAUUUCACGUCACGGGGCGAAGUGACGGGAAAUAAAACGACGCCAGCGAAAUACAAUCUUUUAUGAUGGCACCGGGUCCAAUUUCAAGGUCGAAUUUAAUAUUUACGAGGUGUUCGUUUGCGCACUGUAAUCCCCGGAGCCGUGCUGGAAUAUUGUACGGGGCCUCAUUUGAAAUUAUUUGACAUAUCCCCGAGCUAUUGUCUUUGUUGAAUUGCCUUGCAAUAUUAAUGUGAGCUUUAACACCCAAGAUUACCAUGAAGGAAUUAAAUUAAUGAGCAGGGCUUUUAUAGUUAGCGUCACUAACCUGCGGGUCUUAAUUAAAGCUGAUGAAAAGAAGAGGCAAUAACUAAAUCGAGGGGCCUUGAGGGGCUUAGGUUAUAUCGGUAACGUUUGCUUUCGAUAAAUGUUGGAAUAGCCCCCCCCCCUCCCGCCGCAGCAGCACGUGUUUAGAUAACCCUGCUCUGCGCAUACCGUUGCCGAAUUAGCGUUUGCUUUAAGCGCCUCGGGAAGAACAUGUCCAAUCGGAUUUGUUUCCUUAAUCUCUACAUUAAAAGGCUGUUUUUGGUUCCUGGGCAGGAGACAGGGUUUGUCGACGUUAAAACUGGUCAGUCCAGAAAGUGUUCAGGCCAUGUGUGUGUGUGUGUACGUGCAGUUGAGUUUAGAUACCGCGUGCUGAGAAGCACCACCACGUAGUAAAGUUAGUUGUUCAAAUAAGGAUUUCGGAUCUGUUGUGAACAUUGCUCCGGAAAUGUUGCUUCGGCAAUGGUUUAAAUGUAAUGGAUGUGUCUCUCUAAGCCGCGUUGCUUUAAUAAAUUGAACAUGCAGAUGUGUUAUGGUAAGUUACAUGUUAAAAUAAAGCGCAAUGUUUGUAUAAUUACACAGCCGUCGUGUUUAUACAUACGUGUAUACAUUACAUGUGUUGUACAUUUGUAUCAUAAUUUUAAGUGAGUAAAGGAAUCAAGCAAUUGUUAAAAUGAACGUGAAUGUUUUGUAUUUCGAAAAAAUAAGCGUCUCACUUUUACAUUUGUGUUUAUUAGUAUUUACGAAAAGAGAAAUAUAUACUAAAAUGGUAUUGUGUUGUGGAAAACUAAUACAACAAAGCAAUAUCGUAAAUAUAGACACAUUUGUCGAGAGAAUUACAUUUAAUUUAGAUUGAAACUUUAAUAUUCCCUUAAUGUUCUAAGUUCAUACUUUUUUAUUGUUUACUCUUACAAAAACGUCUAAAACGCAACAUUUCUGCUCAGAUCGUAGUUUAAAUGAAAAGUUUAAAUAAAGACUUCUUCUCAAAGUAAUGCAUUUUCAAUUAAAUGUUGACAUAAUUGCAUUUUAUAUUUUAAGUGAAAUGAGACGUACAAAAUUACCAAAGUAAGGUAUAUAAUUGUUCGCUUAUUCGGUUACUUAAGCAUAUUCUCAUUUUUGUAUAUUAAAUGAAAGUAUGCAUCUAAUAAUCAGUCAAUGGGGAAUGCUUAACUAUACUAUUUGCAUCAAAUUAAUUUCAUGUAGAAAAAAGUCAUACAUACAUUGCCAGGGAAUGUGGAGGCCUUUUUUGGCCAGUAGUGUUUGACGCAUGUUUCUAAAUCACGUCGGUUUACUAGCAUGCUUUUAUUAAAAUUUGUUCAAAAACACCAACUCAUGAUCCAAAAAGUAAUACAAUACAAUGCAUGUGCACACAUUUUAAAAUAAACA